AUGGACAUGAUGCCGCUGGCGCAGGGCGCUUGUUGCUCCAACCAGUGGCUGGCCGCUGUGCUGCUGAGCCUGUGCUGCUUGCUGCCCUCCUGCCUCCCCGCCGGCCCCAACGCGGACUUCCCCGGCACCGCCGCGGAGAACCUGGUGGUCAGGAAAGGGGACACGGCCGUGCUUAGGUGUUACUUGGAAGAUGGAGCUUCGAAAGGGGCCUGGCUGAACCGGUCAAGUAUUAUUUUUGCAGGAGAAGACAAGUGGUCAGUAGACCCUCGAGUGUCAAUUGCAACAGCAAAUAAAAGGGAGUACAGCCUUCAGAUACAGGAUGUGGAUGUGUCAGAUGAUGGCCCGUAUACCUGUUCGGUACAGACCCAACACACGCCUAGAACGAUGCAGGUGUAUUUAACAGUCAAAGUUUCUCCAAAGAUAUUUCAUAUCUCAAGUGACAUUGUGGUGAACGAAGGAAGUAACGUCACACUUGCUUGCUUGGCAUCAGGGAAACCAGACCCUUCCAUUUCUUGGAGACACAUCUCUCCAUCAGCAAAACCGUUUGAAAGUGGACAGUAUCUGGACAUCUACGGGAUUACAAGAGACCAAGCUGGGGAAUAUGAAUGCAGUGCCGAAAAUGAUGUCUCUGUUCCAGAUGUGAAAAAAGUAAAAGUCACAGUAAAUUUUGCCCCAACCAUUCAGGAAAUAAAAGCCAGUGGUGUGACGCUUGGAGGGAUUGGAUUCAUCAGAUGCGAAAGUGCGGGUGUUCCUUCUCCAGCCUUUGAAUGGUACAAAGGAGAAAGAAAACUGAUCAAUGGACAACAAGGGAUUACUAUUAAAAGCUAUAGUUCAAGAUCACUUUUAAAUGUCAACAAUGUGACAGAGGAGCACUUUGGCAACUAUACAUGUGUCGCUGCCAAUAAACUAGGCACAACCAAUGCCAGCCUUCUUCUUAACCCUCCAAGUACGACCCAGCUUGGAAUCACUGGAGGCGCUGAAGUUCUAUUGUCCUGCUGGUACCUUGUGUUGACACUGUCCUCUUACACCAGCAUACUGUACCUGAAGAACAUCGUUUUACAAUAAAUGUAAAGAACCAUGAAAGGCUUUUAAGGAUUCUUUGAAAGUGCUGAUGACUGGAUCCAAUCUGGUAGAGUGUGUUAAAAAGCGGCGUGGGAUAUAAUCAGCAGUGCUUAUAUGGGGAUGAUCGCCUUCUGUAGAAUUGCUCAUUAUGUAAAUACUUUAAUUCUACUCUCUCUUUUUUAUUAGCUGCAUUACCUUGUGAAGCAGUACACAUUGUCCUUUUUUUUUAAAGACGUGAAAGCUCUGAAAUUACUUUUAGAGGAUAUUAAUUGUAAGCUCAUGUUUGUAAUCUAUAACUUUUCAAAAGCAUUCAGUCAUAGUCUGCUGAUUUGCAGACUGUAGUUUACAUAAAAAGAACCCAAAUAUUGCAGUUAAAAUGUGAUCUUUAAAGCUGCAAUACAAGCAUUCAUUUCCCUCUUUAAAUAAGAUUCUAUCUGCAUUUACACAGAAUCUUUUUUU